AAUGAUGGAUAUUUUUGAUAGAAUAGUUGUUGCCAUAAGAAAAAGACCUCUAUCUUAAAAGGAAAUUAUUAAAAAAGAGGAAGACAUAAUUAUUGUGUAAAACGAUAAUAGUGUGAUCGUUAAAGAAAUUAAGUAAGAUUAAUAAAUUAAUUGAGUAAAGAUAAAAAGUAGAUCUCACAAAGUAUAUUGAAGAACAUUAAUUUAAUUUUGAUCUUGCUUUCAAUCAAAAUCAUUCUAAUGAAUAAGUUUACAUCAAUGCUGUUAGACCUAUAAUUCGUGCAGCCUUUCAAAGAGCUAAAGUGACUUGUUUUGCAUAUGGAUAAACAGGAAGUGGCAAAACAUAUACAAUGAUAGGAGAUAUGGAAAGAUAAGUACCUGGAAUGUAUUUAUUGGCAGGAUAAGAUAUAUUUUAAAUAAUUGAAAUGGUAAAACUAUUAAAUUAAUUAAAAAUUAGGAAGAAUAUGCACAUCUUUAAGUGUAUGUUUCAUUUUUUGAGAUUUAUUGUGGAAAAUUGUUUGAUUUAUUAUCUUAAAGAAAUUAAAUCUAAAUAAGAGAAGAUGCAAAAGGAAAUGUUAAUAUGAUAAAUUUAAUGGAGAAAAAGAUAAAUUCAGUAUAAUAAUUAAUGAAUUGUAUUUAAUUGGGAUAGAAUGUUAGAAUUACAGGUAUAAAUAAUAAAUUAAAAAUAAUAGCAUCAAAUAGUUCAAAUUCUGAAUCAUCAAGAUCACAUGCCAUAUUAUAAGUGAUAUUAAAAUCUGGAAAGUAAAUUCAUGGAAAGAUGUCAUUCAUAGAUUUAGCAGGUAGUGAAAGAGGAGCUGAUGUAUAAGAUUAAAAUAAAUAAACCAGAAUAGAUGGAGCUGAAAUAAAUAAAUCAUUAUUAGCAUUAAAAGAAUGUAUAAGAGCAUUGGAUUUGAAUAAAAAUCAUACACCAUUUAGAGGAUCAAAAUUAACUUUAGUAUUAAAAGAUAGUUUGACUGGAAAUUGUAAAACUGUUAUGAUUGGUAACAUUUCACCAAGUUCUUAAAGUAGUGAACAUACUUUAAAUACUCUAAGAUAUGCAGAUAGAGUAAAAGAAUUAAAAAAACCUGAAAAUAGACUUUGUUAAGGAGAUUUAAUGUAAAGAGAAUUAAUGUUGGCUAGAUAAACAAGUAUAAUAAUAUUUAAUAAUUUUAUAGAAAAUAUUACAAGAAAAUAAUUUAAUGAAGAAGAUGAUUAAGAAAAUGUAAGAAAUUUUAGUCCAAUUUCUAAUAUAAAAAGACAAUCAUUAUAACCAUUACAUUAAUCUACUUAAAUGUUCAAUAAUUAACAAUUCAAUUAAUAAAAAGAAAUUAGAAAGAGUGAUAUUUCUUCUGUUAUUAAUAAAUUUAAUCUAUCUUCAAUCCCAUCUAUUAAUGUUAAUUUUAACAAAACUUAAUAAAUUAAUCCAAAUAAUUAUUUUCCUACUCAUCAAAGAAUAAAUUCUGAAAGUACAUACUAAAUUGAUUAUGAUCAUUUUAAUAAUAAUUAGAAUAAUUAAUUCUUAAAGACAUAAAAUUCCUUUUAAUAACAAAAUCAACUAUUUUAAUAACAUUAAUUUAAUCAUACUGCUAGUUAUAGUGAAUUAUUUAGUGAAUCACCUUAUUAAUCAUAAUAAGAACAAGGAUUUAGAUAAUUAAAUCAAUAGGCUGUUUAAUAAAAUUAAGAAUUAGAAGAAGAGUUUGAAUAUUAAAAUCCAUAAAAAUCAUAUAGAUAAGGACAUAACAAUUAUUCAUCCAUAGUUUAAGAUCAUAAAAAUUUAAUAGAUAAAAUUAUUGAGAUAUCUAAAUUGGUAUUUAAUGAUUUUAAUUUAUUUUAGGAAAUGAAAGAAAUUACAAUGUAUGAGAAUUAAAAUGAUAUGUAAUCCUAUUUACAGACAAUAUCAUAACAAUUACAAUAAAAAGUUGAGUUGAUAUAAGAAUUCUAAUAGAAGGUUUGUGAACUAUAAUAGCAAAGUCAACACUGGACAUUUUAACCUAAUGAUAGCUAAAAUAGAGAUGAUUUAUUUCAAUAUACUAAUUACUGA